CGUGCUGAAUCCGAGGGCCGCCGGAGGUGGCGGAGAACUCGCCUUCCCGUUCAUCUUGGAAUUCAGCUCGGAGACACCACCCUUUCCUUUAGGGGGCCACGUCAUUCGCUCCACCAACCCGGAAAUGGCCCUCGGCGGCAUCGCCUCGGCCAAUGGGCGGCUCGUGCGUAGGCAAGAGGGAAAAGGUCAGGGCAGGUAUGGAGAUGGCGGCGCUAACGGAGGUUGCCGGGCAGAUAAAACCGUGUCCGUGAGGGAAAGGAAGGCGAGAUGGUUUGCGCCUCGCACUGCGGCUGAGCCUCCCUCGCGACAGCAGCAGCCGCCUCCGCCUCUCCUUUUCCCGCGUCCGGUUCCCUCGCGCCGUCCUCCGCCCAGACCAAUGAGCGUCGCGCACGAGCUGCUGUGGCGCCUGCUGCACCUCCUCCUUCACGUCCAGCGCGCGCUCUUCGCCUGGUUCCGAGGCUGGUUCGGAGGUCGCGGCUCGUGGCUCAGCCGUUGGCGGCGGCGCGCGGCUUCGGCCGCGGCCGCCGUCGCCUCGCGGGCUCUCCUGGCCCCGGCGGCGGUGGGCACGGGGGCAUUCGCCUACCACAGGCCGGCGGCGGCAGGGCGGAAGGUGGUCGGAGGAGGCGGCGGCCGGUGGCGCAAGGACGGGAAGUCUCUGCAGAAGCUGCCGGGCCACGUCGGGCUGGUGGUGGUCGAGGAGGAGCAGAGCUAUGCGGACAUGGCCAGCCUGGUGGUGUGGUGCAUGGCGGUGGGCAUCUCCUAUGUCACCGUCUACGACCAAGAAGGUUUUUUCAAGAGAAAUAAUUCAAGGCUAAUGGAUGAAAUCCUAAAGCAGCAGCACGAAUUGUUAAAUCUUGACUGUUCCAAAUAUACAGUGAAGUUUGCAAAUCAAGAUAAAACAGAUCAAGUUUUAAAUUGCCAAUCUACACUGAAUGUGCUGUCUUCAGAGGAUGGGAAGACAGAUAUAGUAAAAGCAGCUCAGAAAUUUUGCCACUUAGUAGCACAAAAACAAAAAAAAUGCACAGAUCUGGAUAUGGACGUCUUGGAAAACUUAUUAACUAGUACUAAUGGCUUUCCUGACCCAGAAUUAAUAUUAAAGUUUGGUCCUGUGGACAGUGUAUUAGGAUUUCUUCCAUGGCAGAUCCGAUUGACAGAGAUUGUUUCUUUGCCUUCACAUGUGAACAUCAGUUAUGAAGAAUUCUUCUCUGCCCUCCGUCACUAUUCAAACUGUGAACAGCGCGUGGGAAAAUAACUUCUUGCUGAACAUUAUCAGGAUUUCCAUGGAAAGGACCCAGUGUCUCUGUUUACAAGUACCUGUGAUACAUAAAAGUCCAGUACAUAGUCUCUUAAUUUAUCAAAUUCAAUAAAGUGUCUUACCUUUUUAGAA